AUGCUGUCCACCAAGAGGCACGGUACCAGCAUCCUGACCAUAAAGGAAGUCCUGGAUAAUGGGUUUGUGGCUGGGGCCUCCAGCUAUGCCCAUUCUUCUCCCAUUUGCACUUAUUACGUAGACAAGAGCAAUGCCUCCAAACCAGACAGCUGGGAGUUUCUCAUGGACUUGGACAAUGCAGCAAAAGGCAGUUCUGUGUGUGUUGUCAAGCAGUCAGAGUCUCUGAGCAGCUGUGUGAAGACUGACCUGCACAGCCUGACCCAGGGCAUCUCCGACCACAGUCUUGUCUGCUUCUGCAAGGCCCACCACAGCCAGGCUGCCUUUGACCUGUCCGGUUUGCCCUGUGAGCACCCCAGCAGAGCCGGCUGCCUGAUGGACGUGGCAUCGCAGAACACCUCCACGCCAUGCAAGAAAGAAAAGCAGCCCAAGCAGCUGGAGAGCCUGCUCUCCAAGAGCAUCGAGCUCAUUGGCGACCUCUCAACCCUUGGGAAGAUGCCUACACCCAGCUGGGAGAUCUCAUCAAUAAAAGCCCCCCUGGAUACCAGCCUGUCCCUUGAUGUGAGCACUGAGGAGUUACGGUUACUGGGAUGCUCCAAACCAGACGCGUCAUCCCUGGAGACCUCUGUAGUAAUUCCUCUGGCUUGGCCUGGAGCCUUCAAGAGGCACCCCGUGCUGAUCCACAGGUCUGCCACCCCCGAGUCCCAGCCGAGCAACCUCGAGCCUGUCCCCAUGUUCUUCCAUCAGGCUCUGUGA